AGUAGCACGCAGUUUCUACGCAGCCUAAGACGGUGGCUAUUGUUUACUGUGGUUAAACGUUCCACAUUCUGAACAUUUAAAACAUGGCAAACCGAAACCUGAAGCAGGUGAAUAUCCAGAACAACUCCCCGUGUCCGAAACCGCACAACCCGAAGCGCAGCUCGGAAUCUCCGUCCACGGAGCGCACGCAGUCAAAGAUGGAGGGAGCAGCGCCGUCUCCUCAGCUCAGCAGCCCGGUCCCAGAGGCCGAGAGCAGCACCGAGCCCCGGGAGAUGACCAUCGACCUGAAGAGCUUCAGGAAACCGGGCGAGAAAACCUUCACACAGAGGUGCAGGUUGUUUGUGGGAAAUCUGCCGACCGAUAUCACGGAGGAAGACUUCAGGAAGAUGUUCUCCAAGUACGGCGAGGCUAACGAGGUGUUCAUCAACCGGGACAGAGGAUUCGGUUUUAUCCGACUGGAAACAAGGACAUUAGCAGAGAUUGCCAAGGCAGAGUUGGAUGGCACAGUCCUGAGGAACAGGCCAAUUCGCAUUCGUUUCGCCACCCAUGGUGCUGCCCUUACAGUCCGAAACCUCUCACCAGUCGUCACCAAUGAGCUCCUGGAACAGGCUUUCUCACAGUUUGGACCGGUGGAGCGAGCAAUCGUGGUGGUAGAUGAUCGUGGAAGACCCUCAGGAAAAGGAAUUGUGGAGUUUGCUAACAAGCCCACUGCACGAAAGGCUCUUGACCGUUGUUCUGAUGGAGCUCUUUUACUUACGACAUCCCCCCGACCAGUUAUCGUUGAACCAACAGAGCAGUUUGAUGAUGAAGAUGGCCUUCCAGAAAAGCUAUUGCAAAAAACUCCACAAUAUCACAAGGAAAGGGAGCAGCCUCCACGUUUCGCCCAGCCAGGCACCUUCGAGUUUGAGUACUCAUCACGUUGGAAGGCUCUGGAUGAGAUGGAGAAACAGCAGCGAGAUCAAGUUAACAGAAACAUCCAAGAGGCCAAAGAGAAACUGGAGGCUGAGAUGGAGACAGCAAAACAUGAACACCAGCUCAUGAUGAUGAGACAAGAUCUUAUGCGGCGUCAAGAAGAGCUGCGGCGCCUGGAGGAACUGAGAAACCAAGAGCUGCAGAAGCGCAAACAGAUGGAAAUGAGACAUGAGGAAGAAAGACGGAGACGUGAGGAGGAGAUGAUGCGCCACAGAGACCCGGACGACAUGAGGCGUCAGGCCGAGGCCUUUAAACCUGGCUUCAUGGAUGCCAGAGAACAGGAAAUGAGAAUGGGUGAAAUGGGUGCCCGUGGAGCCAUUAAUAUGGGAGAUUCGUUUAAUCCUGCCGCUGCUGUUAGCGGUAACCAGGGCCCUGCUCAAAUGAUGGGCAUGGCCAUGUCAGGCCGGGGUGGAGCCAUGGGGCCAGAGGGAUCGUCCAAUAUGGGGGCACCCCUCAUGCCAGAUAAUGGAGCUAUGCGUAAUGAAAGGUUUGCUCAGGGAGCGUCUGGUCAGAUGAGUUCUUCUAUGGGUGCUCGACCUGGUGCUGAUUCCCCCCAGCAGCAACAGUCACCUGUGAUUGGUGGUGCAGGACCCGUGCCUCCUAUGGCUGGUCCUGGUGGCUUCGGUCGUGGAAACCCUGUUGGGGGUGCCUUCGAUGGGCCCAGCAACAAGCGUCGUAGAUAUUAGUCAUUUUAUCACAAUGCAUACUGAUUUUUGAUGCAAAGCAUCUGACCUCUUGAUUAUUGAUAUCAGAUUUGACAUCUUUCUCGGUGACUCUGCUUUCAUCCCAAAAGUCUGUGGCAUAGCAUGAGCCAGGAUUACUAAGGGAUCUAGGGAUGGAAGCCUCUUUUCAUAGGAACUUUCUGAAAGGCCACAGGGUUGAUGUAGUGUUUCCUGCAACUAACACUUCUCUUCUUCAUAAAAUAUGGGAAUUGUUUCUGGUUGGGGGAAAAAAACAUGGGGAAAAUAAUUUAAUUGAGCUAAUGGUUAUAGGCCAUGUACUGCUUAUUAAAGAUCUCAGUCUUUAAUUCUUUAUUCACACUUUAGUUUUUUUCUUUGGUAAUGGUUUGCUGGCAGUUGUUUUCCAAACUGUGAAGAAGAUAUAAAUGACAGAUUAAACAUGAAUACCCCUUUAUACAGCCCGACAUGAAAGAAAAGAAUGAAAGAUGAAAUCAUGGUCUCUUUUUUCUCUGUAGAAGCGUAAGUUACAUAUUAAUUAUGUAUCAUACCUGGCGUACUAUACACAAAACAAGCUCAGUCAAGAAGUUCCAAGGAAACAAAAUCCAGUUUGUACAUUUUAUCUAGUGAAGAUUGAAGACUAAAGAUACUUUUACAUGAUAACGUUUACUGAAAUGGGUGAUUAUGUUGUGAAUCUUUUCUCUAUCACAUUUCUUCUGCAGUUUUAUGUGCACAUCAUUCGCUUCUGCAGUAACUGUUUUUAGUUUACUACACCCUGUAGUAUUUGAAAUCCCUGUGUAUGUGAUGUGGAAUAUGCAUGUCUUCUUGCAGUCAUUUUUGUUACAGUAAAUAUUUAGAAUGUCCUAAGUUGUUUCACUUUAUC